GAUUCUGAUCUAAUGAGAAGACUAUAACACUCUACCGUGUUUAAUCCCACCGCUACACGGAGCUCCAGCAUGGAGGAGUGGAGUCUCUCACAGAGCUCUCAGAGAGGAAGCUUCACCGCGCUCAUGGCGAGUCGGCUCGGGAGGAAGCGGAGGCUGCAGAGUCACAGCGAGCUGCAGGAGGCCUCCAUAAACCUCAUCAACCGCAACCAGAACAUCUCUGUACUCCUGCAGGAGACAGCCGCAGGUGAAGGAGGUCACAGACAGACAGACGGGACGAAGCUGUGUGUGGGAGGGACCAGCGUCAGUGUCCUGGAGUGUGAGCUGCGCAGGCAGGCAGAGGAGCUGUGUGUCCCUGUCUCAGUCCUGUCUGUUAGGGUGUUGAUGGACAGAAUCACGGCUCUUCAGGGAGAACAAGACUCUGCCAUAUUGGACUCCGCCCACAGGGCUGAGCUCAUCUUGUUAUUUCGUGCUGCCCGAGAGCUGUUAAACGUGGGAGUGUUCAGCCCCAGACUGUUCUGGCAGGAGUACUGGAAAAGCCAGCCUGUUCUGGAAGUGGUGUAUCGUCUGCACACUGAGGAGCUGCUUCCACUGCAAUACACACUGACCAGUGAGCCCGACAUGUGUGUGUGGUUGGUGUCUCAGUUACAGGCGCUGUGUAAAUGUGGAGGAGUGGCAAAGGAAGAGGGAGACGUGCGUCAUCACAUUCUCUCCACCGUGGUGUGUGUGUUGGUCCGUGUUGGAUUUGAGGACGAUCAGAACUCCAGUGUGUCUCACUCCUGCUGUUCAGUGCUGGACACUAUGCUCUCCUGGCUUCUGGAUUCAGUAGAGCACACACACAGUACAGACACCACACACAGUACAGACACCACACACAGUACAGACACCACACACACCCCGGGCCCCUCACUGUGUGUACCAGCUGCAGCAGUUUGGCUCCGUGUGUUGGAGUUGUCUGUGUAUUCCGUGUCUGUGUCAGAGGAUGCUGUUCGCCGGUUCUUUACGCACACUCUUACACACACACUCACACACCAGCCCCGUCUCAAAGUGUCGGAUGCGGUAGCGAUGCAGAGUCAGUGGAGUUUUGCUAAAACGUCUCCGCUGAUGACGUCAUUGAUCUGUAAGGUGUGUGUGGUGUUCAGUAUGGAGGAGGUGUGUUCUCACCUGCAGCAGGUGUUAGAUACGCUGGAAGUGAACUGGCAGAAUGUGCUGUCCUGCAUUUCAACACUGCUGGUGUAUCACACAGACACACAGGCCUGCCUCAAAGGGUUGUUGUCCAGGAUGCUGAGCUCGGCGUUUCACUCGUACGAUGUGGAGAAGAUGAUCACCGCCUUCCUGUUAGCUCGACAGGGGGCGCUAGAGGGUCCUGCCAUUUUUCCCUCCUACAGCGACUGGUUCAAGCUCUCCUUUGGCGGGGCGAGCGGUUACCAUGGUAACAGUAAGAAGUCCUUGGUGUUCCUGUUGAAGUUCCUGUCUGACCUCGUGCCUUUCGACCCCCCGCAGUACCUGAAGGUCCAUGUCAUGCACCCACCCUAUGUUCCGGGGAAACACCGCUCUCUCCUGCAGGAGUUUAUCUCUCUGGCCCGGACACGCCUCUCUGACCUCAAGGUUUCCGUUGAACAGAUGGGUAUGUACGAGGUAGUCUCAGGUGCUGCACCUGAGGUUCAGCCGGAGUGUGUUGCACAGCAGGACGUGGAGAAAGCUGUAGCAUUGUUUCAAAGCACUGGCAGGAUCCCACCCACUGUCAUGGAAGCCAGUAUAUUCAGACGGCCUUAUUUCCUGUCCCGAUUCCUUCCGGCUCUGCUAACGCCACGCAUGCUUCCAGAGAAACCUGAUAAUCGCAUGGCCUUCAUUGAGGCACUGAAAAAGGCAGAGAAGAUUCCGGCCGCUCUGUACUCCUCCUAUACCGAGUCGUGUCUGAGGCAGCAGCAGGAGGCAGGUGUGUGUGAUCCAAAGGAGCAGGACCCUCAGGAGGGUGUUCACACUCAGUUAAUGGAGCUGAGGAGGCUACUGACUACCGAGGCUGCUGAAGGAGAGGUGCGCGCACAGAUUGUCAGACUGUCUCAGACGCUGAGCGGUGUGUGUGACCGUCUGGACGAAAAGAGCGAGCGUGAGACCAUAACACUGACCCUGGACCCACAUACUCCAUCACACACACCUCCCGUUGUAAACGUGAUCCUGCAUGGUUUCUGUGAGUGUGUCAUGGCUGCAUGUAGGGUCACUCUGCCAAACAGGCAGUGUCCGUGGGUUGGAGUGUUUCUAAACAUGUUACUAGGACACACACAGCUGUACACACACAUCCUACACAGAGUUCUGCAACUUCUCUGCCUCCAGGGGCCGUCUCUGUCUCCCGCCCAUGUCCUGGCCCUGGCGGUGUUGGUGGUGGAGCUGCAUGUGUGUAGGGACAAGUUUCCCCCAGUGGACCUGUCUCACUCCACCUGUCUCACACACUCUACCCGUCUGUCUCCAUCCGAGGCCCUGAGUGACGCUUUACCUUCUUCCACUGGGGGCAGCAUGGAGUUCUCUCUUAGGUUCUGUGUUUUAGCAGUGUGUUACGCUCUGUGUAAAUCCAGUUCACGCACUGAGGAGCUCACACACUUCAUUCCCUCUCGCCUUUAUAAACGGCUGCUGUUCCUCAUGCCAAGGCUUGUGCCAGAGCUGCGGUCAGGUGUGUUAGCAGCAGUGAGACGGGUAGAUGAGGAGGGGGAGAAGGAGCGCACAGACGAGGGGGAAUGUGUGUGGGCGUGGUCGAGUGUGACCGACCGCAAGAGGAGUGUGAGGAGCUCUGUGACAGCGCUGUGGGGACAAACAUCUGUCAGGAACCUCUGGAAACAACCGGGACACCAGUUGUCGUUUUCUGACUGGCUGAUGUUUGAGCUUCGAGUGCAGCGCAGUGAAGAUGCGCUGUCUGAUACAGAGAGGCAGGUGUACCAGCGGUGGGCGUGUCAGCAGUGGCUCCUCCCCCUGUGUGUGAGCUCUGGAGGCUGUGAGGGAAACACGGUGACGGCGUGUACACACAUCGUCAACGCUGUCUUGGAUAUAGGUGUGUCUCCAGAGAUGUAUUUCCCAGUUCCACCUCACACAGAUUCCUGUAAUGUAGACAUCCUGGCCAGACUGCAGGAGUUGCUGUGGGAACUGCAGUUCACACGCAGGAGUAAAGUGAGAGAGCAGCGUCUCUUCCUGUGGGAUCUGAUGGAUAAAAGAUGCUCCAUGACCUUUGACCCUAAAAAUGUCAGCUCUGAAUUGGAGUUCCAGAGAACUCUACAGGCCUGCAACAGUGUGAUCCUCGCUGUUCCGUCUCCGCUCCUGGUGUGUGUGUGCACUGCUGGAGUAAGAAGCACGCUGGACUGUUCAGCGCUCAUAAAUCACAUCAAUAAUCACCAGAGGAGGGUGUGUGCUCCUGAGGCUUCUCUUUCCAACUCCUUGACGAGCCACUUCCUCUUGGCGGUCCUCAGUGCGAGUGUGUGCUGCGAGUCCCCUGUUGAGGCCGUUAAUGCGACUCUGUCUCAGCUCAAUGUGCGCUGUCCCCUUCUGCUCCUGUCCGCCGUGCGGUGGUGGGCGUGUCUCUCUCCGGUGUUGAGUUCUACGUGGGAGCGUGUGAUUGGAGGGCAGCAGCCUGAAAUGCUACAAACACUCACUGACUGCACAAAGUGGGCCUGCAGGUGGGUGAGGGGUCUCCGAGGUGACGUCCCCCUGGCUCCUGCACUGGUGUUAGCGGCGUGUGUGCACGGAGCAAUUGAACAGCAGGGCGGCGACGCUGAGCUCGUUAAAGCUAAUUUUACUCUGAUUCAACGGCGCAGAGAGGUGCUGGUUUUUCUGCUCUUCUUCUACAUAACAGACUUCCUCUCUGAACACAUCUCACCACAGGGUGUCCGGAGUGUGUCCGGUGCUAAAGCCCUCAGCGUUUCUCUUAUCACACUACUGGCCGACUCUUCUGAUUGGUUGUCCCUGUUCGACCAAUCAGAGCGCAGUAUGGAGCACGAACAUCGCUCAGGAAAGCGCAGUACCUACGCGACUCUGGUCUCCAUGGUAACCACGGACCUGUGUUCACGCCUGAUGCCGUUCGCGUUGUUCAGUGUGCUGGAGGAUGUUGAUGCGAGUGUGUUGAGCAGAGUGAUGGCGGCCCCAGGGUUCCUCUCCCCAGCUGUGAUGUCAUACAACGCACUGAUGGAGCUCUUCCUGCUCGGACACACCGCAGACGUCAGGGCCGACACACUGCAACAGGUACUGCGUGCAGCUCAGCGUAUUGUGUUAAAGAGCAUCUCUUUGAUUCGCCCAGGCUCCAUCACACACACCCAGUUAAGACAGAUGGAGGCGGGCUGCACGGAGCUCGACCCCGAGGUGGCAGCUGCACUCGCGGCCCUGUUGACCAUUGAUGACCUUUGACCUGCUGACUUGCACUGAUUAGAAGACGUCGGUGUGUGUGUGUGUGAUGAGCUCUCUCUAUGGAGGAGGAUUGUGGGUAAUCAUGGGCACGCAAUGGAACUCUGGGAAGUCUAUUCGACACAACCGGGAACAGGAAGUA